AUGGCCGAGCGAUUAUUCCUGACCCACACUGGUCAAGAUCCCCAGACUUGGCCCUCUUUACAGAUGCGUCUGGGACCCUUGGAUAUUGUAUUUACUAUUCUGGUCAUUGGAUUGCUGACACCUGGCCACCUCCUCUUCAAGGUCGUUCUAUCCAAUGGAAGGAGCUCUAUCCUGUUGCUCUUGCCUACCUCUUGUGGGGUCAUUCAUGAUGGUGCGGUUCCAUCAGCUCGCACUUACUCAGCUGGCGUGCAGAGGUACAUCACUUUUUGCACCUCUCGGCAAUGGCAGAGUUUUCCAGCUACAGAACCUACACUGCAUUAUUUUGCUGCCUUCUUGGCCGACCAAGUUUCUUACAGAACUGUCAAGUUGUACAUGGCCAGCAUUCGUUUCGUUCACAUUGAGAACAACCUCCCUGACCCAUUCCAGGAUACCCCAUUACUCCAUCUACUUCUGCGGGGCAUCAAAUGCAGUGUGGGCCUUUCCUCCAAAUGCUGCCUUCCCAUCACCAUGUCCCUCCUUUGGAAACUCAAGACUGAGCUGGCACAAGCACCUGACAUCCUUCCGUGUGACAAACUCAUGCUAUGGUCUGCCUUCACAUUGGCCUUCUUUGCUUUCCUACGUUCAAGUGAGUUUACUUUACCAUCCACCUCUCACUUCAAUGCACUGUCACACCUCAGCGGCAAUGAUAUAUCCUUUAACUCUGAUGGCUCCUUAAGUCUACACCUGAAGUCUUCCAAAACAGACCCUUAUCGCCAAGGUUGCUCCCUCCUGAUUGCCCCAUCAGGCCACUCCGUCUGCGCAGUUCGUGCGAUUAAAAAAUACAUGGCUCAUCAUCCUUUCAAUUCGGAUGGCCCCUUCUACACUUUCCAGUCUGGCCUCUACCUCACCAGAGCCCAAGUCACCUCAACACUUUGUCUUCUUCUCAAACGCCUACACAUUCCAACAGAACUCUAUGCUUCCCACAGCUUUCGAAUCAGGGCAGCUACAACAGCAAAGAAUAGGAGAGAUAAGAUCAAGCGACAGGUUCUGUUCCGUCCCAUGUCUAAGGGUGGGCUAAGCUUUCCUAACUUCAGGACUGUUAUAAAAGCACUAUGUCUCAGUUGCAUAAGUAGACUCUUAGAUAACACUCAUGACACCUGCAAGGCAAUCCCUAAUUACUACUUCAAUAAACAUGGUGGAAUCCUUUUUCUUCUAAACUGCAGCUACAGUGUUGAGAAACUGGACAGAAAUAUCCCCCUCUUGUAUCGAGAACUCCUUGAUUACUUUCAAGCGUGA